CCAAACUAACAAAUUUGCAGUAGAACAAAAUCCACAAACCAUUUUUUAGGGGAGGCGGUGGGGGAGAUCCAAUUCUGUUUUUCCAUACAAGUUUGGAGCUAUUUUUUCCCCCUCUUUCAUAUCCUUGAAGCCUGAGCUAAAUCCAGUUACGAAUCUCGGAGCACAGACAGCAUAGAGCCAGCAAUGGAUCCCUCCGUGAGUAGCUGUAUGCGAAGUCCCCGUCCCACGACCCCACUCUGGGGGUGCCUGCGGAAUGCCCAUUCGGAGCUCAGCACAGCAGCAGGAGCGCAUCAUUACCCACAAGCACCAUUCUCAUUCCAUCAAAAACCAGACUUUGCUGCAUAUUCCGAUUUCUCAGCCUCUUGCUUGGCCACUGCCCCACACAGCUUCCCCCGAGAGGAACGCAUGUUCGCAGAGCAGCACCCUUCUUUCCAGCAUUCUGACUGGCACUUUGCAGCAUCCGAGGCCAGAAGGCGGCUAAAUCCAGGACUGGCCUUGGGUUCUGGGGAGCUAGAAAGCAGCAGCCCAAACCUAGUGGCUGCUGCAGGGGGCAUGAAUGAAGAUUAUGGGGUACCAGGAAACACUACAAAUGAAACUGAGAAAAAGGCAUCCAAAAGGAAAAAGGAAACCUCAGAAAACCAGGAUUCCAGUAGAAAGCCAGAAGCCAGCAGCAAAGCACGGAAGGAGAGGACAGCUUUCACCAAGGAGCAGCUGCGGGAAUUAGAAGCUGAAUUUGCUCACCAUAAUUAUUUGACAAGGCUCAGGAGAUAUGAGAUAGCUGUGAAUCUGGACCUCACCGAGAGACAGGUCAAAGUGUGGUUUCAAAACCGAAGGAUGAAGUGGAAACGUGUGAAGGGUGGGCAGCCAGUGUCCCCUCACGAGCAUGACACAGAAGAUAUGGACUCUGCUGCCUCCCCGAGCUCUGAAUAGCUCCUCACCAGUAGUAAUGUACGACGAACGCAGGAAGGGUUGUCAGAGAACUGACGCCACACAGUUUAGCAGCAGCUGUAUCAUUAACGGGUGCCCCUCCCUGCUCAAAUCAUCUCAUCCUCCUGUGACUCUGGAAGUGGUGCGCCUUAACAUGCCUUGGGGACUGUAAAGGGCACACAGGAAAGUCCAGAGAAGGGUCUGACUGAACUCUCACCACUGCCAUCUUGGCAGUGCCAGUAUUUCUUCAAAAUAAUAACUAAACCCACUGACUAUGAAACCA